AUGAGUUUCAGUUGGAAACCCCUGAAGCUCUUAACCAGACUCAGUUUCUACAAACCCCACUCACACACAACACUCUUCACCUCAUCAAACUCAAAUAUCAUCACUUCAAUAUGCAACUCAUUCAGAACAAAACAAGACUGGGAAAGCAUCACCCACAAAUUCACCUCCAUCCAACUAACCAACUCCCUAGUAGAACAAAUCCUCUCCCAAUUCAAAACCCCAACCGACGCUAAAAAUGCAUUAUCCUUCUUCCACUGGUCCUCCAAAACGCACCGUUUUCAACACACUCUUCAAUCUUACUCAAUAACCAUCAACCUCUUACUCCACGCAAACUUAAUCACCGACGCUAAAGCAUUACUCCUAUCCCUCGCUAAUCAAAACACCGAUCCUGAUUCGGUUCGCGCCGUUGUCGAUUCUCUCGUAAACACCUCCGAACUUGUUUCUUCCGGUUCUCACCUUCAGGUUCUCGAUCUGUUAAUCAAAGCAUACGCCAAAUUGAGAUUAACCGAAGUUGCUUUCGCUGUUUGUUCUUACGUUGAUGAAUUAGGGUUUUGUGUUGGUUUAUCGAGUUUUAAUUGUUUGCUUCAUGUUGCUGUCAAGUGUAACCGUUUUUCAACUGUUUGGGAGGUUUAUGGUUAUAUGAUUGGGAAGAGGAUUUAUCCGAAUGUAGUUACGUUGAGAAUUAUGAUUGAUGUGAUUUGUAAAGAGGGGUUGUUACAGAGGAGUGUUGAUUCCGUGGAUCGGAUUAUCGGGAAGAGAGAUUCCUUUUCUCCUUCGGUUAUUGUUAAUUCGAGUCUUAUAUUGAGAAUGUUGGAAAAGGAAAAGGAUGGAGAAGGUUAG